AUCCAGUACUUCUGAGAAAGAGACUCCAUGGACAGAGAGUGAAAAAAUCAGAGUGUGUGUCCGAAAACGUCCUCUAGGCCUGAGAGAGGAGCGACGCGGGGAGGUUAACAUCAUCACAGUGAAAGAUAAAGAAACCCUACUUCUUCAUGAGAAGAAAGAGGCAGUUGAUCUCACCCAAUAUAUUUUACAGCAUGUUUUUUAUUUUGAUGAAGUCUUUGGGGAGUCAUGUACCAAUCAGGAUGUGUAUAUGAAGACAGCUCAUCCACUCAUUCAGCAUAUUUUUAACGGAGGCAACGCAACCUGCUUUGCAUAUGGGCAGACUGGUGCUGGCAAGACUUACACUAUGAUAGGCACUCACCGGAACCCAGGACUCUACGCCUUGGCUGCCAAGGACAUCUUUAGACACCUGGAAGCAUCACAGUCAAGGAAAGAUCUCCUUGUUUUUAUCAGUUUUUAUGAGAUCUACUGUGGACAGCUUUAUGACCUGCUAAAUGGAAGGAAGAGACUUUUUGCAAGAGAAGACAGCAAGCACAUUGUUCAAAUAGUUGGACUGCGGGAGAUUCAGGUGGACUCUGUAGACCUGCUGUUGGAGGUAAUUUUGAAGGGGGGAAAAGAACGUAGCACGGGAGCUACUGGAGUCAACUCAGACUCUUCUCGAUCUCAUGCUAUCAUCCAAAUCCAAAUCAAAGACGCAGCCAACAGGACAUUUGGAAGGAUAUCAUUCAUUGACUUGGCUGGCAGUGAAAGGGCAGCUGAUGCCAGAGACUCAGAUCGACAAACGAAAAUGGAAGGAGCAGAAAUAAACCAAAGUCUUUUAGCACUAAAGGAAUGCAUUCGGGCGUUGGAUCAGGAACAUGCACAUACUCCUUUCCGGCAAAGCAAAUUAACUCAGGUGCUAAAGGAUUCUUUCAUUGGCAAUUCCAAGACAUGUAUGAUAGCCAAUGUAUCACCUAGCCACGUAGCUACAGAGCAUACCCUGAACACUUUACGAUAUGCUGACAGGGUCAAAGAGCUGAAGAAAGGGAUUAAAUGUUCUACCCCUGUCACAAACAGGCGUCGCACAGCUGGAAACGUAUCUCCAAAACGUGUCCAAAGCUCUCCCUCUUUGCCACCUGGGGAAAAGAGCUCCCCAAAGAAAGUGAAGCUAGGCCUCCAGCAUCCCUCAAAUGCUACAAAAACAAAGGCAUGUCCUGCAGCACUCCAGCCACUCCAGCCUGUCCCUUUUACCUCUGCACCCAGGGGAAUCAACAAAGGACAUGCCUACAAAGGAAAUCCCAGCUCACCGUGGUUCCACCACAGCAACCCAGUUAAGGGAGUCCUACGGACAGCACAUCCCCUGAAGAAGAAAACUGAUGAUUUCUCCACCCACUCUGAAAAGAACCCCACUGAGAAGGAUUUCACCAUCAAAAACACUGCCACAGCAGAAACAAAAGAGAGCAACCCCACUGAGAAGGAUUUCACCAUCAAAAACGCUGCCACAGCAGAAACAAAAGAGAGCGGCCAGAGAGACAAGCAUCUGCAAGACAGACCACCUGUCCAGUGCCUGAAAGUCCAGACAGUGCAACCUGUUCAGAAACAGCUUGUUUCUAGAGAUGAUUUUUCCUUUAGAGAUGGAAAUCUGCCUUCCGACAGCAGACAGGAAUGGGGAAACACCUUCACUAAGCAAUGUGUUGAAACCUGGACAAACCUGCCUCCAUUUCAGAAGGAAAGGGAAGAACAUUUACGUCUUUAUCACCAGCAGUUUCAGCAGCCACCUAUUCUACAGCAAAAAUUUAACUAUCAACCUCUUGAGAGGUUUUUAACACAAUACAAGCCUCAGGAGAUUCAAGCGAAGCAGGAGCUGAGCCCUUCUCCCACAGAAGCACAGAGUAAAGAGGCGAUGCUGCUGGAAGACCUGGAUGACAGUGAUUUCAGUGAAGAUUCUUUCUCACCUGUCUGUAGUCAAAAGAGCAUGAAAAGAAGAAACACCAACAAAUGCAGCCAGCAUUCAUUCUUCCUUCAUCAAAGAGAACAAGGAACUGAAGAAGAACAAAAAUGUCAAAAGCGACAGGAUUUAUUUUUUAAAUACGCAAUACCCAUGCAAGAACAUGAACUAGAUGACAGCUGGGACUGUAGUGAGGGCAGCCCAAAGACUGAGGAAUCCAUUAAAAAUGCAGGCUGCAGCAAAACUCCAUCAGACUGGAGCUAUAACUUAACUAUUGAGUCCUCUCCAAGCAAUACUGCAGAAAAACCUUACUGCCUGCAGGAAGAUCCUGCUUGUAACUGGAAAAAUGGCAAAGAUUUCCUAGCUGAUCACAAACUGUACAAACCCAAACACAGAUGUCUCAUUUCCUCCAGUGAAGCCACCUUAACUCCCGAAAAGGAUGCUUCAAACUUCUAUGUUUCUCCUAUACUGAAACUGGGAACUCCAGACUGCAAAGAGAUGGACCUCCAGCACGAAGAGAAGGAAGAAUCCACUUUGGAUAGGCAGGCUGCCUGUGCAGGAGAGGUAAAAUGGAAAGCUCAAAAAACCGGAUUUAACCAUUGUGGAUCUUCCAGUUGUUCCUCAGAAUUCACUUCUGAGCUAAUGGCGCCUCUCAUGUUACCCCUUCUUGACUACAAGGGAACAACUGAUACAGAGAAAGUGCCUUCUAACCAAGAGAAGUCCCCCUGUAUGAAGCAGACGUCAGACAGGAACGCCCCUGGCUCCCAGAACAGGAUUGAGGAAGAGGGCUGGCAGUGUACGAGGAGCAGAGCUCUGACGGACAGCAUGCUGGAACUGGGGGAGCAAAUGUGUCGUGGCGGAAGACACUGUGCCCUGCUGCGUUCCCCACAAACAGGGCACAAGCGGCUUUCACCCACCUGCUGUGAUGUGAAGGCGUGCUGCUGCCUUCCGGGCUCGGGUUCAUCUAAGCAAGGAGUCGUUCCCAGUUUAUUUGUUGGAUGUGACCUGACGGAAACAUCCGCAGCUGAAUCGGCGGGUUCCAGGGGAGAGAAAGAGGGUGGUUUGUUUCUCAGUAAGUCCACGUGCAAAGAAUACUCAGGGGGCAGACAGUGUGAUGCUGACGUUAAAGAUAAUACAGGUAAUUCAGGAAAAUCUAACUCAAAUCAAGGACCCAGUGUUGAGCCUAUGGCUCAGGAAAUAAAUGCUGAUAUACCUGGAAAGAGUUAUUUUUCAGGUGCAUCGUGCUUUCCCAGCGUGAGACAUACAGAUUACACAGUCCAGUCCUCCUCUCAAGAAAGCAGACUGUUGUCGCAGCCCAAGUCAGGACUGAGGAAUGAGGACUUCAGCCAUUCUGAAGACUCAGCCAAGUCUACAUUCAGCAAUGAGGAAAUAGCGGUGCUAAAAAACAAGUUAAUGCAGAGUAUUUUUACACAAGAGACUUUCGCUGCAGAUUCAGGAUUUGCAACCAAAGAUAAUAAGCCAUUAGCAAAUGCAAAGAGUCCCUCAGGCAUGCCCAGCAACAGCUCUCCAAGUGCUACAUCAGAGAUGGGAAAAUGGCAGAGCGAAGUCCUAGAAAAGGCACAGCAGGCUGUAAUUCAGGCCCAUCGGCAGCAGCUGGAUGAAAUGGCAUCCUUGUGCCUCAAGGAAGAGUGCUUGAUAAGUCAGAUAUCAGCAACGGAUUUUCAGAAUUUCGUGACCAAGCUGGAUGAAAUCUUGGUGCUGAAGUCGAAGUGUAUCCAAACAAUGCGAGCCCAGCUUCAGCUCUAUUUAGUCUCUCCUGGCACUGAUAUGUCCCUGCAAACACCUCUUCCAGUUUAG